AUGCUAUUGUUUGGCUUAAUAGCAGCCGCUCUACUCUGCGGUAUGUCCAAUACUGCAGCACUCACUCCACGCGCCACGCUGAAGCAGGUGACCGAUUUUGGCUAUAACCCCGCGAACAUUAGAAUGUAUAUAUACGUCCCUGAUGCUGUUGUUACGUCCCCCGGUGUCGUCGUCUCGCUCCACGGGGCCUCUGGCAACGCCGAGCAACAAUUUCAAUCAACGCCUUACGCGAGCCUAGCAGAGCAAUACGGCUUCAUUGCUAUCUAUCCCGAAUCGCCACAAGGGGCUUGGGAUGCGACAUCCGACAAGUCCCUUGUACAUGACGGCGGUGGUGCUAGCCAGUCAGUUGCCAACAUGGCCAAAUACGUCGUGAACACCUACAAGGCCGACGCAAGCAAAGUCGUCAACACACUCGCGGGGACUUAUCCCGACGUCUUCAAAGCGGCCGUCAUUUAUUCCGCGGGAUCUUCGAGCAAUAUUAGAGACAUGUACGCAGGCUACACUGGUACUUAUCCGAAGAUACAGCUCUAUUUGGGAUCUGAAGAUACGAUCAUCGGGUCAGAUUCGUUUAAUGAGACUCUCGCGGCGUGGGCCUCGGUGCUUGGCUAUGAUACAAUGCCCGACCAAGUGCUAGCUGAUACCCCUGUUAGUGACUGGACGAAGUAUGUUUUAGGCAGCAAGCUACAGGGUAUAUGGGCCGAGGGUGUUGGGCAUCCUGUUCCCACUCAAGGCAAUGAAGAUAUAAAAUGGUGGGGCAUUAUGAAUUGA